AUGGGUUUGUCAGACCUUGAAGAGGAUCAUGCGAUCCCGACACCCCCGCAUAAAACAGGCGCGGCGCGCACGGAAGGCGUGUACCGCCUCACAGAGGAGGAGAAAGUCGCUGCGAUGCGGGCACGUAUCGCCGCCGCGAACAACACCGACAAAAGCCCGCAUAACGCGCCAGCAACACCCACCACCCCGGGCCGUCCCCACGUGUCCACCACUCCCAAACCAACCCCUCGCUCCACAACCACCCGCAACACCGCGACCACCCGCAUCCAUCACCGCCCCUCCCUCCUCACAGCACACGAAAACCUCACAGACAGCGCCAAAUUCACGCAACUCAAAACUCGUCGCCGGCGCCUUAAAUUCGCUAAAUCGCCCAUCCACGACUGGGGUCUCUUCGCGAUGGAGCCCAUCGACGCGGGCGAGUUUGUGAUUGAGUAUGUCGGGGAGAUUGUGCGGCAUAAAGUAGCGGAUCUGAGGGAGAAGGUUUAUGAGCGGCAGGGGAUGGGGUCGAGUUAUCUGUUCAGGAUUGAUGGGGUGAAUGUUGUGGAUGCGACUAAGAGGGGGAAUAUGGCGAGGUUUAUCAACCAUAAUUGUCAGCCAAACUGCAGCGCAAAAAUAAUAACAGUCGCCUCCAAAAAACGCAUCAUCAUCUACGCCCACCGCGCCAUCAACCCGGGCGAGGAAAUCACUUACGACUACAAGUUCCAGUACGAGGAUGAUAAGAUACCGUGUUUCUGCGGCGCCAAGAUGUGUCGUGGGAGUCUCAAUUAG